CAGCGAUCAUCGAGUUGUUUUCAUUGCCGUCGUCGGAAGAAAAGUCGAUUCUGUGUUUAUUUCAGUUGAUUAUAUAGAAAUUAUUCUGAACAAUGGGAUUGAGCAACGGCAUCGUAGAUACGUUGAUGUAUGAUUUCCUCCGCAAAUCGGGCGGCGUGGCCGUUAUUGACGGUGGACUUGCAACGGAGCUUGAAAGACAUGGUGCCGACCUUAACGACCCUCUCUGGAGCGCCAAGUGCCUCCUUACUUCUGGUAACCUUGUUCGUCAGGUACACCUUGAUUAUCUUGAAGCUGGUGCAGAUAUAAUAAUCACAGCAUCUUAUCAGGCAACAAUUCAAGGGUUUGAAGCCAAAGGCUUCUCUAAAGAGGAAAGUGAAGCCCUGCUUAAAAAAAGUGUAGAUAUUGCCCUUGAAGCAAGGGAUAUAUAUUAUGAAAAAUGUGGUGAAUCUUGUAGGCCUAUCUUAGUUGCUGCAUCUGUAGGAAGCUAUGGGGCAUAUCUGGCUGAUGGUUCUGAAUACAGUGGGGACUAUGGCAAUGCAAUGAAUCUUGAGUUCUUAAAGAGUUUUCACAGGAGAAGAGUUCAAGUUUUAGCUGAAUCUGGUGCUGACCUCAUCGCAUUUGAAACAGUUCCAAAUAAGCUCGAAGCACAGGCUUUUGUUGAGAUUCUUGAAGAAGGCAUAAAAAUCCCAGCUUGGUUUUCGUUUAACUCAAAAGAUGGUGUAAACGUUGUGAGUGGUGAUUCGUUGAGUGAAUGUGCUAAAAUUGCUGAUGCAUGUAAGAAAGUUGUUGCUGUUGGAAUCAACUGUACGCCUCCUAGAUUUAUCAGUGGGUUGAUUCUAGCUAUUAAAAAGGUGACAAGUAAACCGAUACUCAUCUAUCCAAACAGCGGUGAAACUUACGAUGCUGAAAUAAAACAGUGGGUGAAAAACACGGGAGUUGCGGAUGGGGAUUUUGUGUCGUAUGUGAAUAAAUGGUGUGAGAUAGGAGCGUCGCUUAUAGGAGGUUGUUGCAGAACUACUCCCAACACUAUUAAGGCCAUCUGCAGAACUCUUCCCAGCAGAUCAGCGUGAAGAGGUUCUAAAAUAGGGAAAAAGGAUGUUUCAUGAUCCUAUUAUGUAGAGGCUAAUGAGCUAUAUGGACUUUCAACUUUAAUCUAGUUUCUGGUGUUUGAACUAUACCAAUGCACUACGCUGAAUCUAAGUUAUGCUAAAUUUUGGUUAUUAUAUAUGUUAU